CCAAGUUGUUUGUGCCUGCGGCCGCAACCCUCGGUGCACACGACACUCACAAAUCACAGCUUCGCUUCAAUCAGCUUAGCUUCCUCACUGCCAACCCUCUCCCCGUCCGCCUCGAUCUCCUUGAUCGGACCGCAUCUGGCCUAUAGCCAUCGUUUCGCAGCCCGCUCUGCUCGCGCCCUCCUCCAGCGCAGUCUCGAGCGCAGACCAAAUCACUCCAGGCCGAGCAAUUCCGCCCACACUCAGAUCAAGAUCCAGACCCGUCAACCCCUUGGCUCCGACACAACACCACGUUGGCAAGCUCAAAGAUGGUUCGCGGAGCAGCAAAGGCGCAGGCGCAAGCCAAGAAUCAGGCAAAGGCGAACUCUAGCAAGGAGGCCAAAUCUCAGUUGGACAGUCGAGGUGCAGCUUUGAAAUUCGCAUGCAAAGUCUGCAAGGCUCCUGCGCCUUCAUACAAGACGCUCUUGAUACACUACGACUCAAAACAUCCCAAGGAGACUUGUCCUUCAGAAGCCAGCUUCGCAGCAUAGGAACGGAUCGGCGUGUGGCACAUGCAAAGGUAGAUGGCGCUCAUAGAGGAGCGUUUCGGCGGCGCAGUGCAUUCUGAUAUGAAUGCGGGAAAGCUGGUCGCUUUGGCAUGCCGGCUGAGCUGACAGCUGCAACACUCGGCGCCUCAUUCCCCUGCACUUGCCAAUCGCACGCCCACCAUGGAGCAGAGUUCAGCCUCUCGUGACGCAAUGCUUUCCCAUGCCUGGUCCCACGUGAAACCGCGCAGUGCUUUCGACCUCGUCCUAGUCUACCCCUCCAUUCUCGAUCGCUCAGCAAUAGAUGUCUUCAGUCACGCGACCUCACCAACUUCUCAAUGCCGAAUAUCCCUUGGAAGC